AUGAGAUCUUUCGCCAUCUUCUCCGCCGCGGUUGCUGUGCUCUCUUCGGGGGCUAGUGCUGCUGGUGUUACGGGUGCGGCUGAGGGCUUCGCUAAAGGUAUUACUGGUGGUGGGAGCGCGAGUCCUGUGUACCCAAACACCAAUGCUGAGUUGGUUAGCUAUCUUGGGGAUAACUCUGCGAGAGUCAUUGUUUUGACCAAGACGUAAGUCCCCAUCUCUACCACCAUAUAUUUGUAUAACCCUUAACAAGUUACAGCUUCGACUUCAGGGGUACCGAGGGAACUUCUACUGGCUCCGGAUGUCUUCCUUGGGGAACGGGCUCCCAGUGCCAGGUUGCUAUCAACAAAGAUAACUGGUGUGGGAACUAUCAACCUGAUGCUCCAACUACCUCUAUUACAUACGAUAACGCUGGUUCCCUUGGAAUCACUGUUAAGUCUAACAAAUCCCUUGUUGGACAAGGCUCAGCUGGUAAAAUUCUCGGGAAGGGAAUCCGCAUGGUCUCCGGUGUGAAGAACAUCAUCAUCCAGUAUGUCCCAGUAUCCAAGUUAUAGUAUAAAGCUCUAACACCCGACACAGAAACAUCGAAAUCUCCAACAUCAACCCCAAAUACGUCUGGGGCGGCGACGCCAUCACCAUCGACGGCGCCGACCAAGUCUGGAUCGACCGAUGCACCACCUCUCUCAUCGGCCGUCAACACAUCGUCCUAGGUAACUCAGCAUCAGGACGUGUCUCCAUCACCAACAACAAGAUCGACGGUGUGACGUCCUGGUCCGCAACCUGCGACGGCUACCACUACUGGAACAUGUACUUCACCGGCUCCAACGACCUCGUCACUCUCAAGGGGAACUACAUCUACCACACCUCCGGCCGCGCCCCCAAGGUCGCUGGUAACACCCUGUUGCAUGCCGUCAACAACUACUGGUACGAUAACUCGGACCACGCUUUCGAGAUCACUUCCGGAGGCAACGUUCUUGCUGAGGGUAAUGUCUUCCAGAACAUCGAUAGAGUCUUGGAUACCACUCCCACCGGACAUCUGUUCACUGCACCAAGCGCUGGUGCUAACUCCGCCUGUUCUGCUUCCUUGGGCCGUGUCUGCCAGAUGAAUGGUUUUGGAAGCAGUGGGACGUUCAACCAGGCUAAUACUAAUUUCUUGAGCAACUUCAAUGGGAAGAAUAUUGCGUCUGCUUCUGCUUAUGGUGGUGUUGUUGCGAGCGUUGGGAAGACUGCUGGUAUGGGACGGAUCUAA